AAAAGUAAAGGAUAACACACAAAACGUACGUGGCUGAAGCCAAGCUGUUGAAUUCACAUCACAGAAGCCUUGCCCCUGUUCCAAAAUUCCUCACUGUCAUCUCUCUCAUUCAUCCUCGACAAGGAUCACCAUGAAGCCAGUUCUACAGUUUCCAAGUAGAACCAACCCAGAAACUUGAACUUCUUUGCUACAUGCAAAGUCUAGCAAGGAUUCACCAUCACCACUUCACUUCUUCCUGCUUCAAUCAUGGCUACACUGCUGAAUACAGUGUCACCAGCAGCAAAUUUAUCAGCAAAGACAAGAAGAACAAACAGUUCUUGUUUCCUGUAUUCCCAGGUUCUAAAUCUUCGCACUUUUUCACUUAACAAGGGUUUUUCUAGGGUUUUAGCUUCAGCCCAGAUUUCUAUUUCCCCAAAAGAUUCAAUUUUUACUCUGCCCAAUUGGAGGGUAGGGAAGAAUGACCAAAAGAGUAAAGAAGUGAGGCUCAAUGAUGCAUUUCUUCAUUUAGAGUAUAUGGUGGGUAAGGGCCAAAAGCCUGAUGUAGCUCAAGCAACUCAGCUCUUGUAUGAUCUUUGCAAGUCUAAUAAAGCUAGGAAAGCUGUUAGAGUUAUGGAGAUGAUUGUAGGUUCUGGUAUUAUACCAGAUGCUGCUUGUUACACACACUUGGUUAAUUUUUUGUGUAGGAGGGGGAAUAUUGGUUAUGCAAUGCAGUUGGUUGAGAAGGUGGAGGAGCAUGGCUUUCAAACUGGUACUGUUACUUAUAACACUCUAGUUAAAGGGCUUUGCUCUCAUGGGAAAUUAAAUCAGAGUUUGCAGCUUUUAGACCGGUUGACGAAGAAGGGUCUGAAACCAAAUGUAUUUACAUAUUCUUUCCUGCUUGAAGGUGCUUACAAAGAAAGGGGUGUAGAUGAAGCCAUGAAGCUUCUAGAUGAUAUUAUUGCCAGGGGUGGGGAGCCUAAUUUAGUUAGUUACAAUGUAUUGUUGACCGGGUUGUGCAAGGAAGGUAGAACGGAAGAUGCUAUUGAGCUUUUCAGGGAUUUGCCUGCUAAAGGGUUCAGUCCUAGUGUUGUGAGUUAUAACAUUUUACUGAGGAGUUUGUGCUAUGAAGGGCGGUGGGAGGAAGCGAAUGGACUUUUAGCAGAGAUGGAUGAAGAGGACCUGUCUCCCUCUGUUGUUACUUACAACAUAUUGAUUACUUCCCUUUCUCUUCACGGAAGAACAGAACAGGCUUUCGAAGUUUUAGAUGAAAUGACAAGGAGUGGGUUCAAUGUGACUGCUACUAGCUAUAAUCCAAUAAUUGCUCGCCUCUGCAAGGAAGGGAAGGUUGAUCUUGUGGUUCAGUGUCUAGACCAAAUGAUUUGUCGGCGUUAUAGUCCUAAUGAAGGAACAUACAAUGCUAUUGCAAUGCUUUGUGAGCAAGGGAAGGUGCAGGAGGCUUUCUUUAUAUUCCAAAGCUUGGGUAAUAAACAAAACUGCCCUAUGCAUGAUUAUUGCAAAAAUGUGAUUUCAAUGCUGUGUAGGAAAGGAAACACAUAUCCAGCCUUUCAGAUGUUAUAUGAAAUGACCAAGUGUGGAUUUACUCCAGAUUCCUACACUUAUUCAUCAUUGGUUAGAGGAAUGUGUAGGGAGGGAAUGCUAGAUGAGGCUCUUGAGAUAUUCAGGAUUUUGGAAGAAAAUGACUACAUGCCUGAUAUUGAUAAUUACAAUGCACUCAUACUUGGAUUUUGCAAAUAUCAAAGAACAGACUUGUCAAUAGAGAUAUUUCAGAGGAUGGUUAACAAAGGAUGUGUGCCUAAUGAGAUAACCUAUACCAUUCUUGUUGAAGGCCUCGCUUUCGAAAACGAAUUGGAUAUAGCAGCCGGCCUGAUGAAAGAGUUAUACAUGAGAGAGGUUUUGAGUCGAAGUACGGUUGAUAGACUUUCUAUGCAAUAUGACCUCAAGGAAUUUACAGCAUAGAGACACACACUCUCAAAGUACAUAACUACAACAGAAAGUUAGUAGGGCUAUUACUUGUUUUCAGAUAUGAACUGAGUUUUCCCAGCUUGAGUACUUAAUUACCUAUAUAUUGUUGAUUGGUCAGUGUAAUAAGUUCCUGAAUGCUGAAAUUUUGGUUAAAUAUAAUGUUUAGAGAUGAGUAAUGAAAAGAUUCAUGCAGAGGAUUUAAUGCUGAUUGCACUCUCUUCCAUGCAUUAUAUUUUAUACUGCUUUUGUGAAUUGAGGCAUCUUGGUUGUUUAAAUGAUUUGUAGUAUCCAUUUGCUUCUUGGCUAUAUCCAUCUUGGUUUCCUUUGAUCCUGAGAUAUAUAGCAGUGACUUUACCACUCCUUUGCCAGUUUAAAUAGACAAGUGCAUUCAGUCUGCUCCAAUUGAUACACGAAGAUCAUUGUACAAGGUAAGUACCUACCUCAUCUUAUUUACUUGCUGACAUUUACAUUAAGUAAACCACUAAACCCUGAGAGUGCCUACUUUAGAAGCCUGAAUUUUAUGAUGUGCUGUUUUAACUUGAAAUAU